AACAACAGCGUUAAACAUAGCAUCAACCACCAUUUAUUUACAGCUUCUUUUUUCCUUGAUUAAAACCCAACAUUGGGUUUCCAUUUUUAACCUCGUUUUGACCGAUUUCCCAGUUUUUCUGUGUUUCCUUUUGUCUCUUUCCUUAUCUUCUUCACCCCUUAUAACCCCCUUUCUUCUCCUAGUUUUUUGUGGCGGCCUUUUUUCCCUUUUGGAAGCUAAAACCAAGUCUUCUUUUUUGUUUCUUCCGCUAGGAUGUGACCCUUUGGGCUUGUAAGAUCAUUUUGAGAAUGUUUGAUUAGUGCUUAGUGUGUAGAGUUUUCGGAUUAUGGGACGCGAGAUCGUUGAGUCGUGGUUUGGUGGUUCGUGGUGGAAUCCGAGGAAGAGUGCUUCAGAGAGUACCGACAAAGUGGUGCUUGGAAUCUUGGCUUUUGAAGUUGCCGGUUUGAUGUCCAAGGUGGUGAAUUUAUGGCAUUCUUUGGAUGAUAGGGAGAUCUUUAGGUUGAGAGAAGAGAUUGCAAACUCGAUAGGAAUUCAAAGGCUUGUAUCCGAUGAUGAAAGUUACGUUAUGGAUCUUGCAUUGAACGAGGUAAUCGAGAAUUUUGGACAUCUGGCGACUUACGUGGCUAGGCUUGGGAAGAAAUGCACUGACCCUGUAUAUCAUCGUUUUGAAGCCUUCAUAAACGAUCCGUUAUUGAACAAUCUGGAGUGGUUCGGGUGGGAAUAUCGAUGGAAAAAGAUGGAGAAAAAAAUGAAGAAAAUGGAGAGAUUUGUUGCGGUUACGAUGCAGUUGACACAAGAGUUGGAAGUGUUGGCGGAACUUGAGCAAACUCUUAGGAGGAUGCAGAGAAAUCCCGAGUUAGAUCGGGUGAAGUUACUCGAGUUUCAACAGAAGGUUAUAUUGCAGCGUCAAGAAGUAAAAAAUCUACGCGAGAUGUCUCCAUGGGUUAGAACUUAUGAUUACAUUGUCCGGUUUCUGUUGAGAUCACUAUUAACGGUACUCGAGAGGAUAAAAAACGUGUUCGGGACCAACCAAAUGGUACCGGUAGACAGGAAUGAUGAUUUCGAAUCUGUUAAUAGUGAUUAUCUUUCACGCAGUCAUUCCUUUUCUACUGUAAUACCGUCUUCAGUAUACCCUUCCGAUCAUAAUCUAUGUGGGUUCUCGUCUGGACCUCUUGGCAGGUCAUUCUCGAAGUCCAUGUCGAUCACUGGAAAGCAUCGAACCAACAUCAAGCAUCUACAUUCUCAUUAUCACUCCACUGCUUUACAUGGCAAGCAGCCACAUUCGAGAACAAAACGAGCAGGUCAUGCUGCGUUUGGUCCUUUUAAAGGAUGCAUGUUGGCAGGAAGUAUUUCUCCCGUUUUAGAUAGCUACAAACCAAUUGGCACUACAUCUACAAGGUUCAGCGGUGCUUACCCCAAAAAUAUCGACAAUUUGAAGAUGGAGCCAUUGUCCCGUAGCUAUAAUAUAUACUCUAAACUAUCCAUUUUCAAUACCAAACGGUUGUUGAAUGCUCCUAUAUCGACACUUGGUGGUGCUGCGUUGUCUCUCCGUUAUGCAAACUUGAUUAUUUUGAUAGAGAAACUCGUUUCAUCGCCUCACUUGAUCAGUGUCGAUGCAAGAGACGACCUAUACACUAUGUUACCUACCACUAUGAGAAAUGCUCUUCGUGUUAAACUGAAGCCGUUUGCAAAGUCUUUAGCUUCAUCAAUAUACGAUGCUUCCCUUGCAGCGGAGUGGAGCUUGGCACUAGUGCGGAUUUUGGAAUGGUUGGCUCCUCUUGCUCACAAUACGAUUAGGUGGCAAUCCGAGCAUAACCUUGAAGAGCAGCAUAUAAUUUCUGGGUCAAAUAUACUUUUGGUACAGACGCUACACUUUGCGGAUCAAGCAAAAACCGAGGCAGCUAUCACGGAGCUUCUUGUUGGCCUUAAUUAUGUGUAUAGGAUUGGUGGUGCACACAAUGAAAAAUCUUUGCCAGAAUCUGCUGGCAAUGGCUGUGCCCAAUAUUUGCUCAAAAGGGAUGACAAGAGAUGACACUCAACUUCGUGAAGUAUUUAUGAAUGCCACCCCGAGACUUGUUCCAACAUCCACAACGAGGAAGAAGUCAAUCCCAUCAUUAAGGUACUAUAUCGAGUUUUAUGUGAAACUCAUCGUAUCUUAUUUCUGAGCAAGCCUUUGUUAAUAUAUAUAUACUCAUUUGAAGAUGAUAGAUUCUUUUAUCAGUUAAUAUAGUUUAUGUAAGCACUACAUGUUCAGUAUGUUUUUGCAGUUUCAUUGCUGUUAGUCCGUUGUUUUGAAAUCAAAAAGAGCUACGGUGACAUUGAUGUUGUAGGGUUGAUAAGUUGGUUUUGUUUUCCCUAGCCAUCAGAAUUAGUUCUGUUUUUGGUUCUUCAAACAACUUUUACUCUUGCAUACGGUUUUCAGUCUUGCUUCCGAUGGUUUGAGCAAGGUCCCGAUCAAGUGGAGUGAUGUUGCUCCCAAGCUUAUAAAGGUAUGAGGCGGUGUCAUGGAACACUCCUAUGAGACCUGGGAACGGUCCUUGGCUCAUGAAGGGAGUGAUGUAAGGUCCGAACUUAAAGGCUGCAUGAUCGUGAAGUUGUAGUCUCGGUACAUGACACAAAAGUUCGAGUCUAUAGCCUUUGGAGUGAUGUUGCACCCUAGCUCCUAGUGGCUAGACCAAGAUGAACCACCUUGUGUGAGUUAAUCCGAUGCCUAAACAAAUCCAUUUUCAACAUUCAAAGGAGCAUCAACUCAAAAUUCUGUCCUUUGCGAUCUUGGCAAUGUAGUCGGUUCCGUAUCAGUUCGGAUCGGUGUGUACUGUUCCAAUAAUAAACCAACGCAACAAAUUUCCUUUUUCA